CGCAGUCAUGUGGCGAAAUGAGGAAGUGCCUCUGCCGCGGAAGACAAAGUUUCUGCACAGUGAAGUCUAACAUGAGCCUUCAAACAUGACUGUUAAAUGUUUUUAUUUUCUCAUUCUGAUCUGUUUCCUGGUUUUGAUCAGUUCUCGGAAUAGUAGUGGAAAGAGAGUUUGGCCUGUUCCUUACAGGCGAUUCGACCGUCGUCCUCCCACUGACCCUUACUGCCAAGCGCUUUACCCAUUUUGCCCGACUGGAGACCCGGAUGGUCGCAUCCCCUACAUGAGAGACAGCGAUGUCAUUUCCGUGUUUAGACUUCAAACUCCCGUGUGGGAAUUCAAAUAUGGAGAUCUUUUGGGGAAAUUUCAUAUAAUGCAUGAUGCCAUUGGAUUUGCCAGCUCUGAGACAGGAAGAAACUAUACCAUGGAAUGGUACGAGCUUUUCCAGCUUGGAAACUGCACUUUUCCCCAUGUCAGGGAGGACAUAAUGGCUCCUUUUUGGUGCAAUCAGGGUGCCGCCUGCUUCUUUGAGGGAAUAGAUGAUGUGCACUGGAAACAGAAUGGAACUCUGGAGAAAGUGGGAGAGAUUUCUGGUGAGCAGUUUAAUGAUCUGGCACGGUGGGUUCAAGAGGACAACGAGACGGGGAUUUAUUAUGAGACGUGGACAGUGAGGUCAGACCUAGGACCCAACUCAACCACAUGGUUUGACUCGUAUGACUGUUCACAGUUUGUACACCGCACGUACAGGAAAUUGGCAGAACUAGGAGCCAAGCUCUCAAGCAAAACUCAGACAAACUACACCAAAAUCUACUUGUUCAGCGGUGAGCCUACUUAUCUUGGAGAUGAUGGCAUCUUUGAUCAACCCUCAAUGAAAACUCUGGCCACAGACAUCAGAAAGUUUUACCAUUCUUUUCAGCCUCACCAGUCGAUGUUUCAGUUCAUCCUCAGCCUGGUGGAAGCCUAUAAAAAAGUAGUGCUGGAGAAGACUUUCUAUUUGUUCUACAACUUUGAGUAUUGGCACUUGCCAAUGAAGCCCCCUUACAUCCAAAUUACAUAUGAAGAAGUUCCUCUGCCAUGAUGAAAGCAGCCUUGAGUUUUUUUUUCUUUUCCUCUGUAAAUCUGAGUUAUGACAGUUUUGCACACGAAACAGUCAUUUGUUACUUCUGAUUACAGUCAGUGAUUAUUUCCACAUGUUAAGCUUUGCUGGAGAUGAGUAACAAUGAAGUCAUGUGUUCUGUUGUAAAUACCAGUGCUGUUGAAGGCUCGAUUCUGAUUAGUCAGAAAGUGUUAAUUCAUUUUCUAUAAAAGCACAGCUCAGACAGUAGAUCUGGCUGCAAGGCAAAUCACAGAUUUAUAUGAAUGUGCUCAUUCUAAUGUUAUUGUUUAUGUUGCAACAAAUUCCACAGGGCCAUGUAUAGAGAAUAUUUCAUGUAAACAGAUUUUUAAAAUGUCUGAAAGUGUUGAAGUUUAUUUAACGUUUUUGGAAGGAGUCUCCACUGUCAUUGCUUUGUAACAGUCAAGAAGUAGAAUUGUGACUAAAUUUUCUAACUCAGGAGUCUUCAGCAAGAUAGGUUUUAUGGUUUCUCCGUAACAUAAACUGAAUAUUUGUUGUUUAAUAACUAAAAAAAGAGAGGUUGGUGAGGGAACAAUUUUUUAUAGUGGUUAUAACGAGUGAUAACAGAAACUAACGUGUCACAGACAAUUUUUGAAGCAUUAAAUGUAACUACAAACAAAAGUUUGAUGUGUCAUUAAUUAUAUGUUCUUUAAUUAAUAAAAUUUGUAAGCUUUGGCAGAUUGUUGUGGUAUAAAACACUUCCAUUACAUGCUAUUAUUGAAAAAUAAUCUGUGGACUGCCUCAUGGGCUUCUGGGCUGCCUCACAACACCCUGUCAUAUUAUUAUAAAAUAACAAGACAGCACACCCUCUCAUGUUUUAUUGUGUACAUCACUAAAAAAAGGAAUGUAUAACCACAAUAAAUGUAUAUAAUAAUAAAAGUAAUGUAUCACCACAAUAAAUGUAUAUAAUAAUAAAAGUAUGUAUAACCACAAUAAAUGUAUAACAUUUAAAAUAAUCAUUGAGUGCACAAUAGAAAUUUUAUAUAGUUUAUUUGAACAAUGGAUGAUGUGAUGCAGGUUACGAUGUUGGAUUUGACUAAGCACAGACUCACAAAUUAAAGUUUUCCCAAAGCCAACACAGCCUAUUUAUUUAACAGUUUUGAUUAAAUAACUCAUUGGA